AUGGACUUCGACAAGGAGCGUGUUAUUCAAAACCAUUCAGUACUUCUGAGCCAGCGAAGUCCUAUCAACCAAUAUGGCCUCCUGGCUAGGGUUAUGCAAAUGACCUCUCAGGAGAUAACGCACGAUUCAAAGAGAAUCUCGGAGAGCAGACUUUUUUUCAACACGUCGGUCCCGUCGAGCACUUUCAUUUGUGGUUCUCAGGGCUCUGGAAAGAGCUACACGCUCUCCUGUCUACUUGAGAAUUGCUUGGCGCGAUCAGAAGCAACUGUUCUUCCGCACCCCCUCACAUCUUUACUCUUCCACUACGAUGAGUUCAUUUCCGAUCAUGGAGGUUCUCCAUCAACAAUCAAGAAAACCUACAGUCAGCUCAAAGUAGAAGUGCAACCACUUCAAAUCAGGGAGAGCAACCUGAAUACUAAGCCAAAAUACCGGGAGCUCGUUUAA